CUUGGGGUGUUUAUUUUCCCCUUCUCGCAGAAUUAAAUGGAAGCCUGAUAUAUCUGUAUACUCCUUGCGUCAGGAAUUAGACUUAUUAGUUUGAAUACUUGAAAUCUAUUUAGCAGUAUCGACUGUUGGGUCGAUUAUUGAUCCGUCAAACACCAAUCCGUCACAAGACCAAUUUAGUUCACUUUCUUUAAGAGACAACUAACCUCGACGUGAUGAGACCUCCUAUCCCAGAAUUAUCCGACUAUGGAAUCUCGCCAAAGUAUGGUUUCUUGCCUGACACCUUACCUUUAACGAGGUUGCCGGACCCUUACUAUAACAAGUGGGAGUCAAUCGGCGCCAAUCUUCAAAGUUUGAUUCUUAGCAAGCGGCUCCGGGGUGUUAUCGACCGUCUUCCCGUUCUCUCCACUGUCGGUCUGGAACAUGACGCAGAAUGGAGGAGAGCCUAUAUGCUCCUAACCUUCUUUGCUCACGGCUACAUCUGGGGAGGUGACACUCCCCGUGAUCGCGUGCCGCCGAGUAUCUCUGUUCCCUUGCUGGAUAUCUGCAAACGCCUCGAGAUUCCACCCGUCUCUACCUAUGCUGCCUCAGUGCUGUGGAAUUUUAAACCCCUCUUUGUUGACGAAGAGAUCGACGACCUUGACAAUCUCGCCACUCUGGUAACUUUUACCGGAUCUCUUGAUGAGUCAUGGUUUUAUCUGGUCUCGGUUGCUAUUGAAGCUCGUGGCGGUCCCAUUAUUCCUCUGAUGCUAACGGCAGUUGCUGCUGCUCGACAAGGCGAUAGCGCAACCGUAACACGUUGCCUACGGGCCUUCGCCGAGCGCCUCGAUGACCUUGGCGAACUGUUGCGUCGCAUGCAUGAAAGCUGCGACCCAGGCUUCUUCUACCGUCGCAUUCGCACGUUCCUUGCCGGUAGUAAGAACAUGGCCGAGGCAGGCCUGCCGCAUGGCGUCGUGUAUGACGAUGGCUCAGGCAAAUCCGAGUACGUGCAAUAUAGCGGACCCAGCAAUGCUCAAAGCAGUUUGAUCCAAUUUUUCGAUAUCAUUCUUGGUGUUGAGCAUCGUCCUACCGGUGAGAAGCCCGAUCCGUCAUCCGAGACGGAACGCGGAGGGCGAAGCCGUGCGCCCAAACACAAUUUCAUUCAGGACAUGCGUCACUAUAUGCCGGGGCCGCACGCGCGCUUCCUAAACGAUGUCGGGGCUGUUGCGAAUAUUCGUGAAUUUGUUGAGAGCCGUGCUGCCUCUGACCGCCCCCUAAGCAUCGCCUACGAUGCGUGCCUGGCUAUGCUCCGCGCGUUCCGCGACAUCCACAUCGCUAUCGUCACGCGCUAUAUUGUCUUACCGUCUCGUGAGAAUCGAGCUCGAAGCCGAUCUCGCAGUCCUCAAGCUAUUAGGAACAGAGUCAACCUGGCUACGGCUUCUAAAAACGAGGAGCACAAAAAGGUUAAAGGAACCGGUGGCACCGCUUUGAUCCCUUUCCUUAAGCAGGCUCGCGACGAGACGGGAGAGCCCACUGUCGAGACCUGGGCUAGGAAAUUCAUGAGCAGACAAACUAAGAUUUCGGGUCAAAACGAUUUCUUCCUUGGUAAAGAAGAGAAGUCAGAAGUACUGGAUGAGCCGGUCCUCGAGCAUGGCCUUGCAGGCACUUGGAGUAUAGACGAGGAGAUGGGCGGCAUCUGUAACUACUGAAAUGUAGUAUGUAGCGCCCCGAGUUACUUUUACAUGUUGUCAUAGAGAUAUAAAGCAUCUUGUAUAGAGAUAUUCUACCCUGAAGCAGGAUAAAAUAACCCUCGCGAGUUACAGCUAGGUACCUACCUGUCUUGCUGCCAAAUAAAGAUGAGCCUGUACUCAAAGACUCGAGUUCCUUGUUCUAAUUGUGUAUUACCUAGCUCUUGUCGUUCAGAUAGCUACUUGACUAUAUAUAGGUUCCCUUAUAUGAAAUACCGACGACAAAGGUACCUACUUAGUUCUGUUACGGCAAAACUUUUCUUCCUUACAACACAGUUCUAUGUCUACAUUAAUAAGUGCUAACGGCACGUUU